CCGCAUGAAGCAACAGGCGGUUGUUGUGGUUGGUGUCUGGCGGCUGAUCUCAGUCUGAAACGACAUCGACAACAGUUCAUAACGUAGCGCGCGCAAAAACAAAUCGAAAAAAAAACAAACGGAAUAAGUAAACAGCUCGUAGCUCUUCAGUUCUUCAGUUGCAUCAACGAAUCUCAAACUCGAUCAAAAUGAGCUGCGGAAUCUCUAUGGUCAAAUAUAUACUAUUUAUAUUCAAUUUGCUGUGUUCGAUAUGCGGCAUCUUGUUGAUAGUUUUUGGAGCACUGCUCUUCAGCAAUAUCCACAACUUCGAUGACUUUAACGAGGCUUUGCGCACCCAACAGGUGCCAGUUACAAUGAUUGUGCUGGGCGCGAUUAUAUUGUUGAUCUCAUGGUUUGGCUGCUGCGGCGCCAUUCGCGAAUCUUACUGCAUGUCCAUGACGUACUCCAUUCUGCUGUUUGUGCUGAUGAUUGGACAGCUGGCCCUGGUCAUUUAUAUGUGGCUGCAGAAGGAUAAAUAUCUGGUAUUCAUGGGCGAAGUAGUGGAGAAGGCCUGGGAUCGUCGCACACGUCGUGCCGACUACAUGGAUGCCAUACAGAUUAGCAUGAAGUGCUGUGGUCGCAGCAGCUUUGCUGAUUACUCCUUCCAAGGCUACUUCCCGCCCUCGUGCUGUCUGGAUCCCAACAACUGUCGCCAGGAGACCGUCUUCCGUCGUGGCUGCAAACAGGUCUUUGUCGAGUACUGGGACAGAAAUAGUGACAUCAUCAAGUACGCCGGUCUCGUUAUUGCCGCCAUUGAGUUUGUUGGCUUCGUGUUUGCCUGCUGUUUGGCGAACAGCAUUCGAAACUAUAGACGUCGAGUGGACUACUAAGGGACUUCUCUUCACGUCCGGCAUUAGGGGAUGAAAUUGUGGCCUUACUAAUUUUAAUUGAAACCGAAAGUACGAAUCAUGUUGCCCAAUUUUUUACAAAUUAUACAUAUAAUUAAUGCAUAAAAUCAAUGAAUCCGAUGGCCAUUAUAAUAUUGACAUUUACUCUUUUUUUUUUUACAACGCACAUUUUAAUGAAAAUAUAUGUUGAAAUUUAUAUAUUAUAUUUGUAAUUUGCACUGUUUUCCAUAUGAUUGUGCUACCCAUUAACUGUACAAAUUAAAUGUAUGC